GUAGGUUAGGCUAAUUUUGUUACUUGAUAGACUUUUUAAUUCAUUGUACACUGUAUAAACAUGAUUAGUAAGUAACAAAAGCCUAGUCGUUUUGCUAUGCAUAUGAAGGUGUACUAUAUUUGUCAUGAUACUUGUGUAUAAGUGCCCAAAGUAUUGAUGCUUUGUCAUUUUGAUUGCAACUUUGCAAGGAUAAUUUAUUUCAUUUUUCAGGCACGCCAACCGUCUGGUUGUCUGCCGGCCCUGACUGGGGGUAACAACCCUGCAUCAGACAUCGGCACAGACCGUUAUUAUUACAGAACUUAGAUAUCAUAUAUAGUUUCAUAUUCAGCAUGUUAAGUGUAGUGAUAGUUGUUUGCACCAUCAUUGUGACUGGUGCAAGUUUGGACCCGACAUGUUUUCCUGGGUGCAAGAACACAAAAUCCUGGUCAUCCUGUAUUCAACACGAACCUAAUAGACCAUCAUAUAAUCGACCCCACCCUGAGGGCAUAUGUUUAUCAUGCACUGCACAGCUACAGCGACAGUCAGUACUAGAUAUAAAGAACUCCUCACAGCCAACCACAGCAUGCCUUCCUAACAAUAACCGUGUAGCGAUUCGGGGGUUCUCAUUUGGGAAACUGUCAGUUCAGAAACUACGACCACCUCAGCAGUCGGAAGUACGAGACCUUGCUUUCAUUGAAUGUGGAAUCACAGAUUUGGAACAGGGUCUUUGGACUAGGUUCCCUCAAUUGCGGUCAUUACAACUUGACUUCAACAACCUGACCCAUGUAAAGCGAAGUUGGUUUGGUGAUGAGUUUCAAACAAUGACUUUCCACUUUCUGUCAUUGUCACACAACUUUAUAAGUAGCAUGGAUUCAAAAUGCUUCCAAAACCUCACUUCCCUAGUAACAUUGUUACUUGACAAUAACUCUUUGCAAAGUGUCCAGCCAUCUUGGUUUUACAAUCUGAAAUGGUUAAGAAAACUUUCCUUGAAAUCCAAUUCUAUCAAAAUCAUUCCUCAACAUACAUUUAACUCACUGUCAUUGCUGGUAGACCUAGACUUGAGCAGUAAUGUGUUAACAUAUUUGUUAAGGGAAACUGUAGAGGGGCUACACAGACUAAGAAUACUGUCUCUAGGUGGGAAUAGGUUGCUUUCUCUCAAUAAGUUGGAUAUGAACUGGCAACUGGGCUAUCGUCUGUUUUCUGCCCAGCGCAUUGCAGUAAGAGUUAAUGAAGCACUUUUCUGUAUCACUGAAUCCCCCGAAAUGGCACAGUUUUAUCAUGUCCAAAUGCAACAUGACAACCACACACAGGCAGCUCAGCCAAGUGUGGAACUCAAAAGUCAAUGUACUUUUCUUCAACAAAGGACAAAAAGCCAAACAAAAUAUAGCCUGCCAUUGAUUCUCAUAUCAGUAAACAACACAGAAUCAGACAAACAUGCUGGAAACAUCACCCACUUGUGCCAACAUGCAUGGGAAAACGUCCCCGCCGUAAAGGUAGCAUUGCCGGGAAGAACUCAGACUCUGCAUAUUGUUCCUGUGGCUGUAGACAAGUCUUGCAAACCCCAAAUUGUUGCUAUUGUUCUAUCAGAUGUCAACAGUAGCCAAUUGCAAGGUAGUAACUACAACAGAGGUAUUGAAGAAAUGAAGAACGUGACAUGUGUUAUCAACACUUGGGAGAAAACCCACCUACAUGUCUUCACUGCACCCAUGUCCAGCACUCCUGAUGGUACUGUGUGUGAACAACAGACAGAGACUGUCUUCAACUCUCCUUACAGCACACUGUGCAGAGGAAACAAAGCUUUUGACCACUGAAGUGCCCACGGUCAACACAACUGAGAAUAUCCUCAGCAAAACAAAUCCUGUUACGAGUGUGACAG